GUUUAAUCACUAUGUUGGUCGGAUGAGGUUUCCAUGCUUUGCUUGCUUCGUAUCGCUGAUGAAGUGUCAUUCAGUGGUUAGGUGCAAGCCUCAUGCCCAUCUCUCAUCCCCGAUUUGACCCGACCCUCAUCCCUGUUAGAUGCAAGUCGACCGACGACCGACCACCAGUGUUCUCCCAGCGGUGGCGGCGGUGCAGCGCGACACCUUCCCGCAGUACCUCCCUCUCUCUUAGCGCGCUCUCUCCCCUCGACACCUCUCUCUCUCUCUCUCCCUCUCUCUGGCAGGGCAACGCUCCCACCCUCUGCUGUACUCGGUCUCUCUCUCGCUCUCUCUCUCUCUCUCUCUCUCUCUCCAGUGCGUCGGGUAGGCCUCGCUCGUACCCUCGCGCUGGAGGCGGUAGCCCUCUCUCCCUCUUCCUUUUCCAUGGCAUCCUCUAUACCUCUCCAUUUCUUUGGACGGCCCUGUCCGCCUCUCUCUCUUUCUUCCAGGAGUCCGCCCUCCUCUCGGCCUCCUGUCGCUAACCAACUUCAUAGCUUUGUUGAGGUUUGGAAAAUGGCCGCAACCAAGCAUUUUCCUCGGAUGGUCUCACAUGUGAUUCUUGAUUUGGAUGGUACACUUUUAAAUACAGAUGGUGUCAUGAAUGAAGUUCUCAAAGUAUUCCUUGUUAAAUAUGGCAAAAGAUGGGACAAUAAAAUAUCUCAGAAAAUAAUAGGGAGGACACCUUUGGAAGUUGCAACUGCAGUUGUGAAAGAUUUUUCACUUUCUCUGACAACUGAGGAGCUCAUGUCUGCAAUUUCUCCAAUGUUCUCUGACCAGUGGUGCAAUAUCAAAGCUCUGCCAGGUGCUAAUCGGUUGAUUAAACAUCUGAGGAGUAAUGGGGUGACUAUGGCUUUAGCUUCAAACUCUUCAAAAUCCUGCAUAGAAGCAAAGAUUUCUUUCCACCAAGGCUGGAAAGAAUCAUUUUCUGUUAUCAUUGGUGGUGAUGAAGUUACUACGGGAAAGCCAUCCCCAGAAAUAUUCCUUGAAGCUGCCAAAAGAAUGAAUGUUGAUAUUUCAAAUUGCUUGGUGAUCGAGGACUCAUUGCCUGGCGUUGCUGCUGGCAAAGCAGCAGGAAUGGCAGUGGUAGCAGUGCCAUCUCUUCCAAAACAAGCUGGUCUUUACAGUUCAGCGGAUGUGGUAAUCAAUUCUUUGCUUGAUCUGCAUCCUGAAAAGUGGGGCUUACCUCCUUUUGAAGAUUGGAUUGAAGGCACUUUACCAAUUGAACCAUGGUAUAUUGGAGGACCUGUUAUUAAGGGAUUUGGUAGGGGCUCCAAGGUACUUGGGAUACCAACAGCUAAUUUACCUGCAGAAAAUUUUUCUACAAUACUCUCUGAGCACACAUCAGGAGUCUACUUUGGCUGGGCAGGACUCUCAACAAGGGGCAUCUACAAGAUGGUCAUGAGCAUUGGUUGGAACCCAUACUUUGACAACACCGAGAAGACUAUUGAGCCAUGGCUACUCCAUGACUUUGGUGAGGACUUUUACGGGGAGGAGUUGCGCCUUGCUAUUGUAGGCUACAUAAGACCAGAGGCGAAUUUUCCGUCGCUCGAGAGUCUGAUAGCAAGGAUUCAUGAGGAUGGUAGGAUAGCCAAGAAAGCCCUUGACCUUCCUAUAUAUGCAGGCUCGAAAGAUUCACCAUAUUUGAAGAACUCCAUGCUGCGGAGUAAUUGUCAUUCUUGAAUUGCAUGAGUUUUAGAUGUGUAGAAGAGAUAAAUCUUUCAGAUUGGUCAACGGUCAGAACAAGAACCAAAGUAUGGCCUUGUUCACCGCCACAUUCAUCAAACAGAAGAAGAUGCCAAAUGCAAACAUGAUUGUGUUAACCUAUAUUCUUUUCUAAAACAUAAAUCUCUUGAUCAAACGAGCAAAAAGAGGUGAAUGUUUUUCUAAUGUUACCUUAAAGCUUGUGAACUUUGCCAAACAUUUUCUCUUCUGCUCUAAAUGCUAUAAGCAGGAAGCACAUUGCGCA